AAUAUUCUUUCUAUUAUAUGAUGUGGUUAUGUAGAUUAAAAUUGCAAUGUGUCAUUCGUAUGUAUGCACAUACAUACUUUAUGCGUCAGACUUAAUUUCAAACGAAUGUACAAAUCUGGCAGUUGGUUUAUGGUCAUAUUGUCAUAUUGCUCGAUACGAAUUUUCAACCUAUUGCGACGUGUUGCAAUUUAAAUCUUUUUUCUUUUGGUUAUAUAAAAUUUAUAAAUGUAAAUAUUUUUUCAUCUUAUUUAAAUAAUAAUAAAUUUGAUUACAAUGGUUAGAGUUUAAUGGAUUAAUUAGAAUUUACGGAUCAUUCUAAGUACGCUAAUAUGAUAGUAUAUUUAUCUGCAUGUGUGUGUACAUUAAGUAUAUCAAUGUCAAUUGUAUGUCACAAUAGUAGGUUAUGACCAUUUACGACACAAAUAUAUUGAACAUACUUAGGAAUAACCUAAAGGUUAAUAAGUGUGAGGGAAUAGACUUCUUUAUGCUAACAUUACUCGUAAUAAGUUAUAUACUGUGAUUAGAAUUUAUUAUACAUUGUACUCUAUUUGAUCAUAAAUUCAUAUUAAGAGAUUUAUCUCGGAAAAGUCAUGGAAUCACAGUGCAUGUGAUAAAAACGAGAUAUACUGUUAAGUAUUUACAAGAUUUAUUAAAGAACAAUGAAAGGAUGCCAUGGGUGAACAUAACAAUGGUCCUUAUGAACAACAGCUUCUUGCUGUAUUUGAAAGUUGUUUGAUGAAAGGACAAACAGAACUGAAAGAAGAGGAUCUAUCCUCUUUAUGCGAUAAAUUACAACUUGAUAAUCGUGGAGAUGAAUUAAAGGAAUGUAUUAAAAAAUGUAUUCCAGGAAAACGAUCAAUUUCAUUUCAAGAAUUUCGAGGUGGAUUAUUACUUCUGUUGGGCAAAACACAAGAGCUCUUGACUCAAGGUGACACGGAGUGUACAAUACAGUUACAGCAAGAAGUAAAUAUAAAUAAUGAUAAUGAUAAAAUUUCUGACUUUUCAAAUUCAGAAAUUCAAAAAUCUCAUAUGAAUGAUAGCAAUACAAAAACAGGUCUAAUAUUAGAUAAAAAUCGAUUAAAAGAUUUAUGGCAAAAAAUGAAUGUAUAUUUCAAAGAAAAUUCAGAUACUGCAGAAAAAUAUUACAUGUCUAAUCAUAGAGAAACUUCUGCACUUCCAAAACAAAUAGCUCAACGCAUAUUUGAAAAACUUGAUCAAAAUAGCGAUGGUCUCAUUAGUUUAGAUGAGUUUCUAGAUAUAUUUAAAAAUCAAACAAUUUUACAAGAAGAAUUAAUUCUGCCUUGCAAAGGUAUAUCUCCAAAAUGUUUAACAAAUUCGAACGAAGAAAAAUCUGAUUAUGAUACACUUCAACAUCGUGAUUCAGGUUUUAUCCAGCAUAAUAUUGUUACCGAUAUGUGGAAAAUGGCUGGUAUUUCUGAUGCAGCUUCUCUUUUAUCCGAUUUAGGAUAUAACUCAUCAAGUAUUAAUCUAAGUGAUUUAGUUACUACCUUAUGCGAUGAAUUGAAGAGUCUCAAUGAUUCUAUAAUUAAUACAGAUAUUCAGCCUCAUAUUAGUUUGUUGAAAGGUGUUUUUCUUCUUUAUAAAGAGGAAUUACGCAACUUAAACAUUUUGAUAGAAAAUAUAACAGGCGAAAGAGAUAAAUUACGAGUUGAUAUAAUAGAAGCUAAUGAGAGAGUGAAUUCACUUGCACAAGAAAUUGAUGAACAUCAUUUUCGGCAAGAGGAAAUUAAACAAAAUUUGUUAAAACAGAUUGAGCAUAAGCAUUCUGAAAUUAUAAAAGAUUUAUCAAAUCAACUCAGUUUAGAACGUGAAAAUAAUGCUACUACUUUGAAAGUAAAAGAACAACAGUUACAAACACAGCAACAAGAAAACUAUCAAAAUAAGAAUAAACUUUUGACUGCUUUACAAGAUAAUCAAAUUUUAGAAACAGAAAAUGAAAAUCUUCGAAAUCAAAUUGAUAAACUUAAAGAAACUAACAAUGAACUUCUGAUGCAAAUUAAAAUGCUUGCCGCAGAACAUGACGAGGUUGAAGAUAUAGAUGCAAAAAAAGAGGAACAAGUUCUGCAUUUAAUAGAUCGUAUGAAACAGUUGCAGUCAGAAAUAGUUUCCCUGCGCGAUCAAAACGAUGAACUUACUAUAAAAUUAGAGAUUUCAAGAUCGCGUGAAAGUGAAACAAAUUUGCGAGCAAUUAAAAGUGAAGUUGAUGUUGCUGUUACAUCAGAAACAAAUACCAAUGUAGAAACGACUUUGCAGAAAGAGGAAAUUCUAUCCUGCAGCAAUGGCAUAAAUGAAAAAGUUGAAUUGCACAAUGCUGAAAUAGAUGCAAUAGAUAAUAAAGAGCAAAUUAUAAAAGAUCUUAACAAUUUACUAAUAAAAUGUGGAGAUUGUUCUUGUGAAAACUGUGAUUAUAAAGAUGCAAUAUCUUCUAUUAUUUGUGGGCAAUCAAAGUUCAAUACAUUUUCAUUGACUGAAGAAAUUGAUUUUUCUAAAAGUCUUGCUUCUGAGCUUGAGACUGAAUGUGAAGAAAGAACAAGCGAAUCAUUAAGAGAUUUUGUUGUCUCUAAAUGUAAUAAAACAACAUCUGCGAAACGAGUAAUGCAUAAUAGUAACGAUACAAUGAUUUAUUCUAUGGAUACCAAUUUUAAUAAUACAGAUAUUAAAUUACUACAAAAUAAAAUAACUAGUCUUCGAGAUUAUCCACCUCGUAAAGAAGAAUAUUCUACUACGGAUCACACGAAGAAUUUAAAAGAAAAAGAUAUUACGUCCAAUUAUAGUGUGCCUUGUAAUGAAUCCGAUAAGAAGAAUAAUACGAUUUUGUCUAACAGUGAUAAUUCUCUUACUAAUAUAGUUUGUCAGGAACAAGAAAAUUGCUGGCAAACUGAGAAAAAACAAUUGACUGAAAGAUGUUUAGAAUUAGAAGGAAGCCUUGAUUUAUUGAAAGCAGAAUAUGAAGAAUGCGAAGAUUAUUGGGCUGCUAAAUUAGAAGAAGAGAGGCAGUUGUUCGAACAAGAACAAAAAAUAAGUGACGAAAAAUUUUCAGAGCUUAUUGCUAAAAUGGCAGAAUAUGAAGAAAUGAUUAGUCCAGUAGAUAAAGUGAAAAACGACGGUCGAUUAUCUCCCAUAGAGGAAACAUUUAAUUUGGAGAAGCAGUAUUCAGAUUUGGAAGGAGAAUUUGAACAAUGGAAAAUGCAAACAGAGAAGGAUAUUUUGGAGAAAGAUAAAGAAAUCAAAAAUUUAAUUGAAAAAUUAAAAGAUUUGGAGAGACCAGAAAAAAUUGAUAUAUCAACCCAGUUUUCAGAUGAAAGCGUUUUUCAACGAUCCUGUACUUUUUGUAAUCACAUUCCCAUGGAUUCGUUUAACGUUGAAUCGUAUAUGCAAUUGCAACCGAGAUCACCUCAGUAUGACGGGAAUACAUCUAAUGUUGCAGAAAAUUUUAAAGGGGAUCAUAUAUUUGAAAAUUCAGUGCCUUCUAAUCAUUUCAUGUCGCAAGUUAUAGAGGAAGAAAGUUGCGUAGAAAAUUGUCAUUUAAAUCAAUUACAAUGUAUCAAACCGGAUACAAAUAAUGUAUAUAAAUGUGAAAAAUCGGAAUCGGGAGAAAAAAAAUCGAAUAAUAUUCCUGAACGUACAUUUAUAGAAAAAGAAGAUAAAAAAAGUAAAUUCAAGCAUAGCAUGUCCAGAAAAGAAAACAAUUUAUUAAUACAAGAAUUAAUAAAAUCGCAAACUUUAAACAGCUUACAUUGUCAAUGUUUGCAAGAUACUGCACAGCAACAAGUAUGUAAUAUUGAUAUUAAUAUACUGGAAAAUCUGAAUAUGAAAUUACAGAUACAAGAACGUAAGAAACGUCAAUUAGAAGAAUAUUUUAGACAGCGGCAACAUCAUAUAGAACAAGUGUUACAUCAAACUUUGUCUCAACAUCAAAUAGAAGUGUCUGAAUUACGAUGUCUUCUUUAUAAUACUCAAGAAAAAUUACAAAUUCAAAUUCAAGCAAAUACUGAACAGGCUAAAAGAUUAGCCGGAGCUGAUAUGCUUGCAAAGGAUUUAUUUAUAGAAAAUGCAUAUCUAAUAGCGAACUUAAAGAGACUCAAGCAACAUUGUUUAUUAUCAGGAGUUAACUAUGAAUCUACUUCAAUAUGAUACUUCUGUUAUCUACGACUAUGAUGAUGUUAUCUAGUAACGAUGAUGCAUCACUCAGGGAUAGGUAGAUUUGGGAAGUAUUAAAAGAACAUUAAGCAUGUAAGAGUAAUUUAAUAUAAUAUACUUAGUGUUAAAUAUUCUGUACUAUGUACAGAUUGCAUAAAAUCUAUAAUGCACAGGUUAAAGUUAUUCAAUGAAAGUUAAGCUUUUAUAUAUGUAGAAAAAAAAAAGAAGAUUUGUUCCUAUUAUAAAGCAAAUAAAAGCAUAGAUUUAUUGUACAGUAUUGUAAAGAUAAUAGAAUGUUAUCUCACUCACGCAUUAUGUAUAUUUGCAAUGAUCAUUAUGUAUUUGUAGGUUCUUAUUUUAACAUAAUAUGUUAAACGUUUAUAUUUCGUAAGUACUUAGGAAAUAAUAGCAAUCUUAACGAUCGUCAUAAAUCGAAUAGUUACUGCUUAUGGAAUUUAGCGACAAUUCUACCCAGUUUUCUAUUAUUGUCAAUAAAAGUUUUCUCAUGUUAAUGAGAUAAAUUGUAAAA